GAUUCUCAGAAAUCUUGCAUAUCGAAUAUGCCAAAGACAACUCUCAUGUAAUUGGUCAAUAUUAAUAGCAUUUCUAUCGCAUGACUACUUUGUAAUUUGUUUUACGCCUGUUUGAUACAUGAAGCGAAAGCCUUAUCAAGCCUUUAAUCAUGGAUAUCAAAACGUUGCUCGCCAAUCUUCAUGAAGAAGUAUCCUGCUCUGUGUGUAUGGUCACAUUUACUGAACCAAAACAGCUUCCAUGUUUGCACAGCUUUUGCCUCCACUGUUUAGCAGGAAUCCAAAGAAACAGCGGCCGCCAUGAUGUCAUAACAUGUCCUGAGUGUCGAAGGGAGAGUCAAGUCCCUGGAGGAAAUCUUAAAGAUCUGCCCACAAACUUUCGCAUCAACAGCUUACUAGAUGUGUUGGCCAUAAGGGACUGCAAUUCUACUGGAGUCAAAUGCGGAAACUGCGACAAACGAAGAGUAGAAAGUUUCUACUGUUUUCAGUGCUGUUCAUUUUGGUGUGACGAGUGUAUCACUGUGCAUAACUUACUCCGAGCAAAUAAAGACCACCGAGUUCUUGCGCUCAAAGAUUUUGAAGAUCAAGACAUCGAGGAUGUCUUAAAACGACCAGCAUUUUGCCCACGACCGGGCCACGAAAAGAAAGAAUUGGAAUUCUUCUGUAAGAAAUGUGAACAAGCCAUUUGCAAUUCUUGUGUUGCAACCACUCACGAUGGACAUGUUAAGAUACUACUGGAAGAAGCGGCAAAUGAAAAGAAAUUGCAAGUCAUGUCUGAGAUUGAGUCCAGAAAAGCAAAAGUGCAAAGAAUGAGAAACAAAAUAUCUCAACUUGACGAAAGCUGUGAUAAAAUCCAAACCCAAGUCGCAAAAGUAAAAAGAAGCGCGCAACAGUUUGCCGAAAGCAUGAUUGCUGUCAUCGAAGCCAAGAAACAGGAAAUCUUUUCUGAAGCGGAUCAUGAGGCACAACAGUACCUGGAACGUUUGCGAAUACAAAGGAUCGAGAUUGAAAACAAAGUAAAAAUGGUCGAAACAGCUGUAGGAAAAUCUGAAACACUAUUACAACGGAGCACAAACGCAGAGCUUGCACAGUUCGAUGACUCACAAAACACAACACUCUUGAAAGGAGUUGAUGAUGAGAGAGAAGAAGUCGACUGCAACCUUGAACAUUUAACAUUUAUUUUCGAGGAAAACAAAGCUUUGAAGACAAAAGCAAUCCACGAGGGAAUCGGCUCCAUUAGAGCGUUUCUCAGCAAGACCAGAGCGGAUCAAGCAACUGCUGAAGGAGAAGGACUCACUGAGGCGAUCGUUGGAAUUCAAGCGAAAUUUGUUUUGACGACAAGAAAUGCUGAAGGACGACAAUGCCACGACGAGCGUGACCGAGUAACAGUGGAAAUUAAAAAUCAGCAAGGCCAUGACUGUGCGACGGAAGUGCGAGUCCAAGAUAUUAAAGAUGGUAGCUAUAAAGUGGGUUAUUUUUCCAAAGAAACUGGAAGAUGUAAGGCAGAAGUUAAACUAAACGAAGAACAUGUUGCAGGCAGUCCAUUUCCGGUUCGAGUGAAACCCAGACAAUUCAGACCCGUGCUAUCUUUUGGACAACGAGGUUCGUCUGCUGGAAUGUUACACCUACCCUGGGGAGUGGCAGUGAAUGAACGCGAUGAAAUUGUAGUGACUGAACAAGGUAACAACAGGGUUCAAGUAUUCAGUAGUGAUGGAACUUACUUACGGUCGUUUGGUAGACAAGGUAAUAAACAGGGAGAAUUUAAUUGCCCACGCGGAAUAACAAUACAUGAGACUAAUAACAUUAUAGUCGUGGACAGCUGUAACCACCGUGUUCAAUUGUUCAGUGAGCAGGGUGAGUACCUGAGCCAGUUUGGUGGUAAGGGAAAUCUUGAUCACCAGCUGUCUAAUCCUCUCGGUGUAUCUGUAGAUAAUAAAGGCAAUAUUCUUGUUGCUGAUAGCGGUAACAAAUCAAUUAAGAUCUUUUCUCCUGACGGCCAUUAUUUAAGUAAAUUCGGGGGUGAGGGUUCUUUUACCUUUCCCUUUCACUGCAUACAAUAUGACAAAUAUCUGAUAGUGUCAGACGCAGAUGAACAUUGUAUCAAAGUGUUUGAUAGAAAUGGUAAUUUUUUAUACAAAUUUGGAAAUAAGGGGGAAGGGGAUGGAGAGUUCAAUGAACCUCGUUGUUUAUCAGUUAACAAGGCAGGACACCUGAUGGUUUGUGAUGCAUUUAAUCACAGAGUACAAGUAUUUGAGCUAAGUGGAAAAUUUGUAACAAAAUUUGGAUCAGAAGGAGAGAAAAAAGGAGAAUUUAAUCUCCCUAUCUCUACUGCAGUGCUCAGUGAUGGUCGAAUAGUUGUGUCUGACUUUGGUAACCAUCGCAUUCAGAUAUUUGAAUAGACAUCACAUCACUAUGCCUUACCAGAUUUGAGCUCAUUUUUUCAAACUUUUAAACAUGAAACUGCUUUCAACACGUGAUUUAUAUUCUCUGUAAGAAUCUUCUGAAUGGUCAAUGAAACUACAACACUAUAGUUUCAAUUAAUGCUACAUCCAAGAUAAAUAUCUUGUUACACCUAUUUUAUAUGAUAUUGUUAAUUAAGUAAUUACAGAAUUUACUACUAUUGUCAUAAAACAGAUCAUCUGCUCCACUGGUUUAACUCAGAAAAAGGCUCCAAACUCAAAAAUUGUAAAUAAUCAAACGGUAGAAAUGUGUCAUUAAAGUAUUUGU